AUGUCAUCCUCCUCAGAAUCGCGGUGUUCUUCUCCAUACUCGUCCGCUUCAUCUCGAAGCUCAUCUUCUUGUUCUCUUGCUUCGAGCGGAUCUCAUUCAGUCCUGCUGUCUCGACACAAACCCGCCAAUUCCUCCGUGAAACCGACGUCAACCUUUCUCUUUGUGGACUACCGGACGGACAAUCCCCAGAAUCCGAUAUCUAACCAGAAAAAGCAUGCGUUUGUUCAGAAAAAUUACCAGCGGAAGAAGAAACAAGAGUCAAUCAACCGGCUGAAAUGUUCAGCACAACCGUUCACGCAACAGCUGGCCUGGGGGCCUUCGAGUGAAAAUGAUUCAGGCACUGUGAUUGACAGACACAGAAAGCUCCAGCAAAAAGGGACUUCAUAUGAUGGUUCUCAGCAAGUGGCUAGAAUGAGUGAAACUUGGUCCCUGAAAGCGUACCUGAGUCAGGGCUAUGUCGACCCGUUUUCUUCCUCCGCAGUACACAUGACAGAUAACAUGAAUUUAUAUUUCCAUCACUUUCGGAUACAUACCAUUGCGUCCUGCUAUCCACUCGAUUCGAUUCGGAUGAGUGUCUGGUGGUGGCAACGGGCCAUUACCCAGCCGGCCCUCCUCCAAGCCCUCCUCUUCCUCACAGCGGGCCACCAAGCAACUCUCGAAUCAAUCAAUGGCAUCUCUUCCCGAGCCAUUCAAAAGUCAACCAAAGACUCUCUUCGCCUCCGAGGUGAUACCCUGAAGACCUUGAAUGGUAUUAUGCGAGAUCCGAUGAAGGCUGUGGCCGAGUCGACCACUCUUAUUGUUGCAUCUCUCGUGGCAAUUGAGGCCGUCGAUGCCAAUUUCGAGGCCCUUGAAGCGCACACGAAAGGACUGAUCAGGCUUGUCCACCUCUUGGGAGGGUUGGAUGUCUUGGAUCAUAUGACUCUUUCUAAGAUCUACCAGAGUGCCGUAAAAAGUGCAGCUCUCAAGAACUCCCGACCUAUCUUCUCACUCUCCGCAAGAUGGCGAAGCGAGAUCUUACAAGAAAGCAAGGUGUUCCGGUCAACCGAGAAACUGGAAACCUCUGAAGCUUUGGCCUUGAUCGGGACCUAUUUCUUCAAGGCUCCCUGGUUCCAGGGGCUGGACUCCUCCAUGAAGACGUUUCUUCGAGUGUUCCAGCGGCUCAUCACUUACUAUGAAAUCGCGCAGCUGCGGCCUUCGCUCGUGAUGCCAACGGAUAACGACCUCUUCCUUGUCUUCGAGCAUGAACUCCUUUCCGCUAGCUACGCAGAAGAAACCGACGUCCACGAGCCCUUGCGUCUGUGCCUGCUGAUCUAUCUCAAUCUGCGCGUCUGGCACUUCCAGAGCUUCCCAUUCAUGCGGUAUAUGAUAGAGGCUCUGAGACAAAGUUUGGUCCCUCGCUUAAAUUACAUAGAGACCAUGGACCGUACCCUGUUGUUCUGGAUUCUGUUCGUCGGGGGCAUGGCGUCCCAGGGCUAUAACUGCCACCCGUGGUUCGUCCACCAUCUCACAACGACCACAACGCGUCUUGGCUUCGAUAAAUGGGAAACGGCACGGCCCGUGCUAGGGAGGUUUUUCUACACCGAUCAGCCGGGGGAGAAGAGAGGCGCAGAGGAUCUCUGGAAUGAAGUCCUCGUGAAGGAAAGCUGUAAGGUUCCCCCUACUACGGAUUUUGCUUUCCCGUUUCGCACGUACAAGCGAGCUAACCACCACCACCACCACCCUUGCCGACAAAACAUAGACACCUAUAUAGCUCCGAAACCGUCAUUUCAAAGUACCAGGAUAUGA